CAAGAAGCAUCGCAAGCAGACAGGCACCACACGCGGACGCCGACUCGCGAACCAAUCGAAAGCUCGCCCGCGAGCGGAGGGAGGACUCGCGCCCGCGACGAUGCUCCGCCCCGGCGGCGCCGUGCUCCUCGCCUCCGUCCUGCUCCUCGCCGCCGCCGCGGCGGUCCCCGGGGCCGCCGGGUUCCACCUCGGCGGCGACGAGAGCGGCCUCGUGCGGGGCAUGCUCGCCGCGAUCCGGGAGCAGUCCGAGGCCGAGGACGCCGCGCGAUUCGCCGUCGCCGAACACAACAAGAACCAGGGCUCUGCGUUGGAGUUUGCACGUGUAGUGAGUGCAAAACGGCAGGUAGUGGCUGGGACCUUGCAUGACCUGAUGUUGGAGGUAGUUGAUGCUGGAAACAAAAGUUUGUACAAGGCAAAGGUAUGGGUGAAGCCGUGGCAAGAUUUCAAGGCAGUUCUUGAGUUUCGUCAUGCUGGGGACUCCCAGUCUGAGUCUGCAAUUGCAUCUGGUGGUAUCACCUGGCAAGCUGUUCCCAAGUUCUCUCUUCAAACCCAUGUGGCACCCAAGACUCACUCAGAGAACAAUGAGAAUAAUGGACUCGAUGUCGGCUCCUCGUCAUUCUCAUCUCAGACAUACAAGGUUUAACCAUAGCUUCCAGGAUGGAAGAUGUGAAUGUCGAAGCUUAAUCUAGGUGUCAGCAACCUAUGAACUUGAGGAAUGCUAGUAGUUUCCUUCUCAUGUGCAAAGUUUCUGUGAGUAAAUGGCAUCUACAUAGUAAUAUACUAUUAAGCAGACCUACUUUGAGCCUUUGAGAUGUCGAUCCUGUAUAUUUCUUUCAACACGUUGGACUCUGUAUAUCUCGUACUCUUCAUCUUCUUGUAUGUACAUAUGGCAUUUACCUGCAUUUGUUGUUCAUUCGUGAACCGAAAUAAGGAGUGGUUUGGUGUUC